GCCAGUGGGAUUUGUCAGGCUUACACACUUGCUUUGAGACUUUCCACCACUUUUCUUGUCCAACAAUUGGAUCCGGAAGACCGAGUAAUUAAUCGCAAUACAAACAAACUCGCUGCUGCACCUGAAUCUGGCUCAUUACGACAAAAAAGAACUGUGGACAAUUGGGUUGUUGAAGCUACAGGCAUAAUAAGAGCGAUACCCCGCCAUCCCGUCCAUUAAGCCGCGCCAACAUACGUACCCAUCCACCUGCAGGAACGUCUGUUACAUAGGUAUCUACCUAGGUAUUUACACAUAAGUACAUAUUCACCAUGUUCACUGGUAUAGUCGAGGAGAUCGGAGUCGUGGCCGAGCUCAACCCGCACGAUGCCACUGGAGGGACGUCAUUGACCAUCUCGCUCCCGACGGGCAGCAGCCUGCUCUCGGAUUGCCACGACGGUGAUAGCAUCGCCGUCAACGGUGUGUGCCUGACCGUCACAUCCUUCACGCCGACGCAGUUCACAGUCGGUGUUGCCCCGGAGACGCUGCGCGUCACGGACCUGGGCGACCUGGUCAAGGACUCGCGCGUGAACCUGGAGCGAGCCGUGCGGGCCGACACUCGCAUGGGCGGUCACUUUGUACAGGGCCACGUCGACACGACCGCCACCAUAGCCGACAAGCAGGCAGAUGGUAACGCCGUCACGAUGCGGUUCAAGCCACGGGAGGGUAGCGAUGUGUUGAAGUACAUCGUGCGAAAGGGUUAUGUCGCAUUGGACGGAACCAGCUUGACGGUUACUAAGGUCGACGACGCUGCCGGGUGGUGGGAGGUCAUGCUCAUCGUUUACACGCAGGAACGUGUGGUCCUGGCGCAGAAGAACGUUGGUGAUACUGUCAAUGUCGAGGUUGACGUCUUGGCCAAGUAUGCUGAGAAGAGUAUGGCUGGAUACUUGAGCUCUCUCAACAAGAGUGACGCAUAAGGCCAAUCCGGAAUCAUUGGCUAUCUUUUUCUCUUGGUAGAAUGAAGAUACAACAAUACCGC